AUGGACAGGCAAAACAGAGCCCUAUCCGUCCGCAAGGGCCAGUCCCCCUUCCCCCGCCCAUCCGCACCGCCGGCAUCAGCAGCUCAGCAGCCGCGCGCGCCACCGACGCCGCCCCAGGACUACUCGGACGACGAGAAUGCGGCCCGCGGCCAGUACAGGAACAACUUCAACAAGUCGUCCUCCCGCUACACCAGCGGCCGACAGGAACCUGUCGCAUCCGCCUUUCCGAGCUACUACUUUGCAAACGACGGCAAUGCCGCCAACACCACCAAAUCGCGAUCCCCACAACAACAACAGCGUCCGCCCACACCGCCCAAGGACGCACCGCAGACGCGCACCUCCCCCAGGAUGCCGCAGGGUCCGUUCCAGGGCACCAGGAGACGCCAGCCUAGCGAGCCACAGCCGCAGAGCAGGCCUCGCACGGCAUCGCAAAGACAGCAGCAGCAGCAGCAGUAUUCGUACAGUGAUGCAGACUACCAAAACACAUCCUCCUCGCGCGUCCGCGACUACUCCAACGUCUCCAUCAACAUCGGCACCGAUGGGUUCGGCUUCGGAGGAGCUGGAGGUCCGUCCAUCACCGUCAAUGGACGCGACUGGCGGGACGAAGGCGGCCGCAGUCGGGAUUAUAAUCGGUACCGGGACGAGAGGGCCAACGGCGGCAGGUAUUGGGAUGAAGGCCGCGACGACGGCAGGCCGCGCAUCAAUCAUAUCCACACGCCUUUUAUCAGCACACCGUUUGGGUUCGGUGGCGACAAGCCGCGGGCUGGGUUCUUGAAUUUAGGCGGGUUUGGCAUCUUCUGA